GAUACUACACAUCGUGGUUACCGAAGUAACGCAAAAUACAAAACAGUUCCAGUCCGUUCGUCCACUCGUUUGCAAGGAUCUACCCUGCGGGCUGCUUGUAGCUAUCGUGUGUCUGCCGUGUACUUUAUAUCGUGUGCUAGCGUGUAGCAAGUGUUUAGAUACCCUUCCUCCAUCGGUUGGGUUGUGUAUCCCUAAAGCUUGAUCCUUAUAUCCCCGGUGGGUGGCUGGCGGUGUAGUACCCUUCGAACUCCUCCUCAGUGAGCGAGCGAACGAGUGAGUGAGUGGGUAGACUUUAAACCGAGCUCAUGACCAAUAAUCAUUUGAUUUUGUGAAUUACCAAGAUUUGGUUCGGAUUCCGGCUUUAAAGGAUAACGAGCGCUCACCGGAGCCACACACGCCAGGACGAACCAGGAUCGCUGGUGUGCUUGGAAGGACCGUCGACUACUUGGCAUUUGUGCGUCUGAAAUGGUGGACUUCAGUGUUCGGCAGAGUAGUUCAGUUCUUUAGUUCAAUUCUAUUUUUUUCUGUAUGUGCCCUGUUAUCCGAGUUUUCAGUUUUUGUUAAAAUUCUAAGAGAAGAAAAAUUUAUCAGUACACAGUUCACAGCAAGUUCAAAAGUCUCAAUCAAAAGAAGAAAUUUAAGUGUGAUAAAGUAAAGGAAGAAGCUCGCUCCCAAAACCAAGCUCAAAUCGACAAAAUUGUAUCGUCGCAAGUGUUCUUCAAGGCAGAACGUUCCCCAGAAGUUAUAAAUUCUUCGGUCACGGUGCUAUGAUUUCAUGCGCCGCAAAAUGGCGCCACAAAACUCUACGCUAAUUCACGGAAACGCUGAAGCAACCCCAACCGUCUCCGCCGACGAAGAACUGAGCAGCUAUAGCCCAAUCCUACCGACGGCAAGGGCGAGUCGUCGACGCCGUGCGUCACCCGAUGGCGGUGCUGAUGUUUCGCUCCCACCGCCUCCGCCACCGCCGAACGUCACGAAAUCGAUUGCCUCCUUCGGCCGGUAUGGCUCCAGGCCGGAAGCGCAGACCUCUUUCUCCCGAGGGAAAAGCGGAACCCACUCCGAGGGCAUCGAAAAGGGUGCGGUGAAACGCGACUCGCGGAACCCAAUUACCUACUACCGUGACUCGGCCAACGAUACGGAUGAGGAGGAAAUACCUAUGAUGGAACUAGGAAGUGCCAACAAUCACGAAGGAGGAACAGCAUCCGAUGACGAAAUCGAGGUUCCCAUUUGGAUCCGAGGUGAGCCAAGGUUCGUGGCUGGAAUCAACGAUGCCACAACUUGCAACAACAUUAUUCAGGCGCUGAUCGACGAUGAGCUGCAGAAUGAGAAUUACCAGAAAGAUGUCGCAGUGUCACGUGAUGUCAACGAUUACGUGAUAACGGAACGAUGGCGUGAGGUGGAACAAGUACUGACUGGCGACACACGAAUACUCUCGAUCUGGAACGCGUGGGGCGAUGCCAAGAAUGAGAUACAAUUUCGCCUGAAAAUCAAUAAAGCCAACAUGGAAAGCACAAAAUCGCGCAAGGAAAAUAAAUCCAAGAAGCAGAAAGAAAAAAUUGGACUCAUCAACCGUAUGAUGAGGAAAGUUCUCAAGCAGGGCGAGGCCAUUCAAAAUCACCUCUCGAUGAUAAGCCAAAAAUCAACCGAAAAACGCAACCAGGAGAAAUUCCGCAAAUACGUAAAGAAACACUGCGGCAAGACGGUAAUCAUGGAAAAUUUCCUCGAAGACGCAACCACACUGUACGACAUCUCCAAUCCCAGUGACGAGAGCAGUGACCAGCCGUGCAAAUGCAAGGAUAGAUCACGACGUAGCACAUUUCCGAACAAACUGUUCACUGCCAAGAAAUACAAAGAAACGAAGGUGCUGAAACCAAAACUUUACGAAUCAUCCGAUCAAAUCGAAGCCUUGAAGAACGAAGACGAACUUUUGUUGGUGAUCGAACACACCUCCGACAGUGAUAGCGGAAUUUUCACCAACAAUCCAUUGGGGCGCAAGAAUACCCUUCCGAAGAAGCCCAACUUUGGGUCCAUGGUCGAGAUUGACAAACUUACCAAAGAACCCAUAUAUGAACCAGCGCCGGAUAAUAAAACUCCAAAGCGAAAAUUACGUCCCAAACGGCGAUACGGUUCACUACGAAGCCGAGAAGUAAAUCGUCGUAAGCUGGACUACGAGAGUGACGAUGUAACGCCACCAAUAGAUGACUUUGAAAACAUAAAUCUCGAGUUGCGCAAAGGAACCUUCAACCGGACCUCAUUCCGGUUCGAUUUGAUACGCCAAGAAAUCUCAACCAAAAUGCAAGAGAUGCAGCAACUGCUGGAACAGGAAGACGAGCUACUUCGUCGUCUCAAGCUGAAGAGUGCCAAAUUCCAGGCGGAGAACCAAAUCUACCGAUCGCACAUUGGUCUCGAUUUUCACGUUGACCGUUUGCAGGAAUCGAUCGACACAUGCGCGAAGGAAAUCAUCGAAAUCGAACAGGAGCUGCUGCAGACGAAAGCCGAAAUAGAGGAGAAAUCUCCACUUAUCGAUAACCUGAAAACUUUGCUGGAAGCACAGGAGGCCAAACAGUUCCGUGGAUUCUACUCGUCCUAUUCACCUUCGGGUUCCACAGCAGACAGCUUGAACGAAAUAUCCUCGUCGUACGGUCUAGGGGCGAUGGCUCUUCCCAGUAGCAGUACGGCUGGUUCUUCGAAAAACAGUUUAUCGUCCGGUCGUAAUAUUAGAGAAACGGAGUUCGUUGACAAUAUUUAUGAAUUUUGUGAUAAUAAUCGGAGUUUCGUAGUGUAAAUAUUUAGACCAGAUGGAGCUUACAAGCGCGAUUUUAGAACAAAAAUAGGUUUGCUACGCCGAAUACAAAUGCUCAAAACUGUUUACGUAUAUUGAAAAGCAUAUAUACAUAUAUAUAUAUUUUAACUGUUGUUCUAUAUAUUUUUAUUACGCAUACUUAAUAAAAUGUUUACUUGUACUAUGCAAGAUUUAUAUUUCAA